GUUUACUCGAAUCUUCCGACCCGAGAGUGUUGUUAGUUCUUCUAUCUCUUCUUUGAUUGAAAUCGAUUUUUUUAUUUUUUAUUUUUUCAUGUUUUAUUUUUUCACCUUUUACUUGACCAGUUUUAUUACUUUCGAUUCAUCUCGAGACUCCAGUCCCAGGAGAUGAGGACCAUUCAAACUCCCAACUUCUUGCCUCCUUGCAGAAGUCCUUAGGACCAAGUUUCAGGACCAAGAUCCAAAAAGAAAUCGAGGAAAGCUUUCCUAAGAUGACUUCUGUUUUGUCUGAUGGGCAAAAAAAUGUAGGCCGAAUGAAGCAGAAACCGCAGAAUCAGAAGGGGCAAAAAGAUGCUGGAAGAGAAGAAACUCGAUCAUUUCUGAGUUUUUCCAGAGAGAAUUUAAGUUUAUCGAACUCGGAUCUGGAACAAGGAUUUAAUAAAAAAAGAUUGCGAGUGAGAAAACACACGUUAUUGAGCAUCUUGGCACUGGCACUUGCCCUGAUUUGUUUUGGAAUCGAAGUUUGGAAAGUAAAAUAUGUGGUCGAAAAUGCGAAAGAAUUGGAAAUUUGGAAAGUGAAAUGGGUGGUCGAAAAUGCGAGAGAAAUCGAAAUUUUGAAGAGGGAUGUGGACUCCUUAAAGCACACGAUUUUAGAGAAAGACCUGCUGGACGAAUUAAAUGCUUUCGAGGAAAAGCUUUAUGCAGAGGAAGAAAAUGAUGAAGAGGAUCUUGAUAUGGAAUAUUUUGAUUAUUAUGAUGACGAAUCUCCCAACUAUAGCGACGAUUAUCAAGUUUCCGGUUCACCCACUGGGUCCUCUGGUUUACUUGACUUACCGGAAACAGCCAGCACUUCCGAAAAAGAUCUCGAAGAGAUUUUGAUGACUCUUCGAAAAGUUGAAGCCAAACGAGGUCAAGACCUGGAAAAGUGCAUACGAGAAACUUUAAAUGAUUCUGAAAAGGAAAAGCCACUUGAAAAACAAAAAGACGCAGCUACGACACCAGCAAUGUUGCCAAAUUUCUCUGAUACCAGAAAUAUUUCUGAUGCAAAGCGAAAGAGAUCUGUCCUAGAACGAAAUUCGGAAGAUUCUCUAUUUUUGAAUGGCGAUGACGAAAUUAAUCAUUUUUUGAAGAAUCAUAAUCAUAAUACAACUAAAAAAGGAAUACCGAAAACGAAGCCAACAUUAAAGGAGGAUCAGGAAAUUGCAGCAGAAUCGACUCCGACGAAAACGACACCGGAAGUGACGCAUUCUACAACGAGCGAAUAUCGUGAGAUUGCUGAUGUUGAUUCCGAUAUCAGGAUCACUAAGAAAAAGGUUUCUGGACAUCGAAAGAGUCGGAAAAUGUUACUCUGGAAUAGAGUAAGACAAGAUAAUAUGAAAGUCAAACGACUGAAAGAGAACUUGGAAGAGGCGAUAGCCUCAAGGUCACUGGGUCGAGGCCUAACAAGACGUCAUCUGAAGGUUCCGAGACAGGUGUUCGCAGUGCAUUACGGAGGAGACAGCAGCCUCUUUUCUGAUGAUGAUGAGCACACCGGAAAUGGAAGAGCGAAGCACAGCGAAGGCAUCUUCAAGGCUUGGAAAGCCAGCGAUUGGGUGGCGGAUUUAGGAAUGAACAAGCACUUUUUCCUCUCUGAAAAUGGAAGACUCUCCAUCCAGGAACCAGGAUUAUAUCUUGCUUAUGCCCAAAUCCACUACUUGGAUGAGCAUGACGAAAAUGGAUUUCAUAUGCUCGUCAACGGCAGACCAAUCCUCCAGUGCAUGGUUUACAGUCCAGGAACAGGACACAAGAGUCGAACUUGCUUUUCGGCGCAAGUAACAGUUCUAGAAGCAGGUGAUCUCGUAAUUUUGAAAGACGUUGCUGCAGCAAGGUACACACUUUUCCAAAAAGACAAAAGUUUCUUUGGUCUCGUAAAACUUGGAGACUGGAGGCAGACUCCGAAGCAUCAACAGCAUUCAUCAAUUUCACCAGAAAAAUCUCUAAACUCAUAAUUUCUUAUUUUUCAAUUGCUGGACUAUUUUUAUUGUUUUUUUUUUCUUUUUUUUAUAAUAUCUCAAUGUACUCAGUUCACUUGGAGACUUUUUCUGACUUGAAUAAGGAUUUUAUAAAAUUUUACUUGAAAGAAAUUUUUUAUUUUGAAUUCUGUAAAGUUGGUAGAUCAGAAUAUGAAAAAUUACAUGCCAUAUUUGUAGUCUUCUGUAGAUCUAUAAUAUAUUAUUAAUUAUUUUGAGCUUUAUCGGUAGCGAUCUCAUGUACGUGAACCAAUUUUUUUUUACUGAAGCUGUAAAUAAAUUUAAGUUUUAAU